AUGUAUACCAAACCAACAGAUCGAAAUACCUUGCUCCAUUAUGAAAGUGCCCAUCCCAAACAUGUUAAAGAUUCAUUACCGUUCUCCCAGUUUUUAAGAGUUAUAAGAAACAACUCGGAUAUCAUUCGGUGUGAAGAACAAAUACAGCAAAUGUAUAACAAAUUUGCACAGAGAGGUUAUACACGAGUGAUACUUGACAAAGCACUCAGAAAAGCCAGGGACCAUAUGGCUGGGGGAGCGACACGACCUUGGAACAACAAGGCUCGAAUUCCCUUUCCGAUGACAUACAAUGCAUCUACUACUCAAAUUUGUCAUGAAAUUAAUACGAAUUGGCAUCUUAUGGAGAAUGAUAAAAGCCUUCCUGAGAGCUUCCAUAAUAAGCCAUUGUUUUCUUAUAAAAACAAUAAAAGCCUGCGCGACCUUUUAGUUCAGACCGAUCCAAUCCAAAGUUAUCUUCCGGAGAAUAAGAAUACCACUAAUAACGGAUGUGUAAGAUGCUUAGGUUGUGUGACCUGUGGCCACCUCAUUCCUUGUAAAAGUUUCAAUCAUCCACACACGGGACAAACUUUUAAAAUUCAACAUAGAAUCAACUGUCGGACUGACUUUGUAAUCUAUAAAUUGUCCUGUCCCUGUGGGCUCAACUAUAUCGGGAAGACAGAGACUGCCCUUUGUGAGAGGAUAAGAGGACACAGGUCCAGCAUUAGACUAGCCUACAGGGACAAUAAGACUGACAAACCAGUCGCACGACAUUUUCUGGAAAAAGGCCAUCCCCUCACAUCACUGAAAUGCGUGGCGAUAGACCAUGUCCCAGUUUCUAGAAGAGGUGGCAACAGACAAGAACAAUUAUUACAAAGAGAAACGUGGUGGAUUAAAAAACUGGGAACAUUAGCCCCAAAUGGACUAAAUGAAAAAUUGUCGUUUGUUGCCUUCUUAUGAUAGAGAUAAGGGGGUGAGCGGUAGUGGGAUGGAAAAUGGAAUAUAUAAUGUGGUCCUGCUUACACAAUGUCAGCCCCUUUUCUAUUAUUUCAAUUCAUCUACUUUUUAAACAAUUUUUUCAUAAUUUUGUAUGUAUUUAGUGUUUAGAACUUUUUAUGCUUUAUGUUUCUCUGAUUAGGACUUCCAAUUCAGGUUUUUUUUUUGCAAUUUCACAUAUGGUAUGAUCCUCUCCAGUUUGGGGUAAGUAUUAACAUAAUUAGUAGGAUGUCCACCUUUGACUAUCGGGUUUGGACUCUUCUCAAAUAGGGAUAUUAGGUAUAUUUGACCAUAUAGGUUUAUCGAUCAUUACGGUGUUAGUUUUUUUGAAUUUUGGGCACUUAUCACCUUAAUAUUUGAUAGAGAUUUUUUGGUACUGUUUUUUACUUGAGAUAUGCACUUGCACUUUAUGAUUAACAUUGGUACUAAUUUUCAGAUAGAUUUAUGAUAGAUUAUCAGCUAUCAGUCUGGUACACGAUUAAGGACACAUCCUUAUGGAUGUUUUAUAAUGGAUAUCACUAUAGUAUUACACAUGUAUUGUUAGCAGAUUUUUCUUCUCUUUACAGAUUUGUCACAUUAUAUUUAUGGCAUUUUUCUGUACGUUAUUUUUAUACUUUAUAGUACAGAAUCUUAUGAGUAGGUCACUUAAGAACAUUGCUCCUAGUGUAAGAUAUGGGAUUUAUAUUAGGAUCCCAUAUGAUAUAGUUAUUGCACCAGUAUAUUUUGUUGGUAUGUAUUGAACAAGUAAUCCUUGGACUUAUUAUGUGUUUUUUAAUACUUAACUAUCUAUGCAACAUCGAAGGAUAAAGGAGAUGGAUCUAUAUGUAUGUGUUCACUUUUUAUAGAUCUCCGUGUAAGUAAAGGUUGCAGCCAUAACCUCCUCCCUAGUGGAGGAUAGAUUCAGAGAUCGGGGAACCUGAGAUUAAUGCGCAUGCGCCUGGCGUUACCAUGACUACGGGGAACGCGGCUAGCCAGGAAGUAACUGAGGUGGAUGAUCGUUAG